AUGGACCAGACCCCGGACACCGAUUCCCUGCCCGAUGCGGACGCCGCCGUUUCCGGCAAGGCGCUGGCGCGCGAUCUGGUCUGGGAACAGCAGACCGCGACCGAAAGCGAUCUGGCCGGUCCCGACCUGAUCACCGCGCUGGCCAAGCGGCUGCCGAACCGGCCGGGCGUCUAUCGCAUGUUCAAUGCGGGCGGCGACGUUCUUUACGUCGGCAAGGCCAAAUCGCUGAAGAACCGGGUGACGAGCUAUGCGCGGCUUGGCGGGCACACCAACCGCAUCGCGCGGAUGAUCGCGCAGACCGCGUCGAUGGAGUUCGUGACCACACGCAGCGAGACCGAAGCGCUGCUGCUCGAAGCCAAUCUGAUCAAGCGCCUGAGGCCGCGCUUCAACGUUCUCCUGCGCGACGACAAGAGCUUUCCCUACAUCAUGCUGACCGCCGACCAUACGGCGCCGGGCCUGUUCAAGCAUCGCGGCGCGCGCUCGAAAAAGGCCGACUAUUUCGGCCCGUUCGCCUCGGCCGGCGCGGUCGGCCGGACCAUCAACGCGCUGCAGCGGGCGUUCCUUUUGCGGACCUGCACCGACAGCGUCUAUGAGAGCCGGACGCGGCCGUGCCUGCUCUACCAGAUCAAGCGCUGCUCGGCGCCCUGCACGGGCGAGAUUUCGACGGACGAUUAUGCCGAGCUGGUCGACGAGGCCAAGGCGUUCCUGUCGGGCAAGAGCCGGGCCGUGCAAUCGCAGAUGGCGCGCACCAUGCAGGAAGCAGCCGAGGACCUCGAUUUCGAGCGGGCGGCGGUUUAUCGCGACCGGAUCGGCGCGCUGACCGCAAUCCAGAGCCACCAGGGCAUCAACCCGCAAGGCAUCGAGGAGGCCGACGUCUUUGCCGUCCACCAGGAGGGCGGCGUCACCUGCGUUCAGGUCUUCUUCUUCCGUACGGGCCAGAACUGGGGCAACCGCGCCUAUUUCCCAAAGGCAGAUUCGUCCAUGGAGCCGGGCGAUGUGCUCGGCGCGUUUCUGUCGCAGUUUUACGACGACAAGCCCUGCCCGCGCCUGAUCCUGCUGUCGCACGAGAUCGCCGAAAGCGCGCUGCUCGAGGAAGCGCUCAAUCUGCGGGCGGCGCGCAAGGUGUCGAUCCUGGUGCCCAAGCGCGGCGAAAAGCGAGAACUAGUCGGCCAUGCCCUGGCCAACGCGAAGGAAGCGCUCGGGCGGCGGCUGGCGGAAACCUCCUCGCAGGCCAAGCUGAUGAAGGGGCUCGCCGAAACGUUCGGCCUGGAACGGGUCCCGCGCCGAAUCGAGGUCUUCGACAACUCCCACAUCAUGGGCACGAACGCGGUCGGCGCGAUGAUCGUUGCCGGCCCGGAGGGGUUCGUGAAGAACCAGUACCGCAAGUUCAACAUCCGCUCGGAAGAGCUGACCCCGGGCGACGAUUUCGGCAUGAUGCGCGAGGUGAUGGAGCGGCGCUUUUCGCGCCUGGUGAAGGAGCAUGGUCCCGAACGGGACGACAACGGCGACGACACGGACGCGGCAGACCCCGGCACGCUGCCGGCCUGGCCGGAUCUGUUGCUGAUCGAUGGCGGCCUCGGCCAGCUCAACGCGGUCAAGGGCAUCCUCGACGAUCUGGGCAUUGCCGAGCAGAUCGACCUGAUCGGUGUUGCCAAGGGACCCGAUCGCGAUGCGGGCCGCGAACGGUUCUUCAUGCCCGGCCGCAAGGACUUCUCGCUGCCGCCGCGCGAUCCGGUGCUCUAUUUCACCCAACGGCUGCGCGACGAGGCGCACCGGUUCGCCAUCGGCAGCCACCGCGCCCGGCGCAAGAAGGAGAUGGUGGCCAACCCGCUCGACGAGAUCGGGGGGAUCGGGCCGGCGCGCAAGCGGGCGCUGCUGCACCAUUUCGGCACCGCCAAGGCGGUCGCGCGCGCCUCGGCGGACGACAUCGCCAAGGUCGAGGGCAUUUCGGAUGCGAUCGCAGCCCAGAUUUACGCCCAUUUCCAUGACAGCACCUAG